AUGUUAUUUAUAUUGUUAUUAUUUUUUUAUCUUUGAGAUUUUUCUAGAGAGGCUUAAAUUGCAGUUUAAAAUAAGUAUCAACUCGAAGAAUAAGGUUAUGAAUUUGAAUAAGUUGUUUCUGUUGAAACUCAAAUAGUAGCAGGAACAAAUUACAAUGUAGUUUUAUAGUAUGAAAAUGAUGAAGGCUAGAUCUAAUAAUAUGAUGUAAUAAUAUAUUCAGCGUAAUUUAUGUUUAAGUAUUUUAGUCCAUGGAAUGGAUAAGACCAGAUUACAAAAUGUGAAUAAAUAAAUGGAUAAUUAGGUUCAUUUGCAGAAACUGAGAACGAAUAAGAACAAUAAUAAUAAACCAGACCAAGUUCUUUGAGAUUGAGAUUAAGAAAAUAAGAUAAGGCAGAUAGCCAUGCAAAUGGAACAUGGGAAUAAGUAGAAAUUCUAUAAAUUCUUAAUUAGAUAAAUCCAGAAGUGUUUGAACAAAACAAUUCUAACAUAAUAAAUUAAGCCAAUAUUGUAGUUACUCAAUAAUAUAAUCCAGAAUAAUAGGGAUAUGAAUUUGAUUAAGUGUUGGAAGUGUAAACCUAAAUUGUAUCUGGAACAAAUUACAACAUUAAAUUGUUAUAUUCAAAUGGAGAAGGAUCAUAUUAAAUAUAUGAUGUAUACCUUUACAUUUGGUAUAUCUUAUAAAUAUAUAUACAAGUCCUUGGAAUCCCUCAGCGAAUUAAUAAAAGGCUAUCUUAACAGAAACCUAUUCAGCUUGA